GCGUGGCGGGCGUGCUCGUGGGACACCCAUUCGACACGGUCAAGGUCCGGCUGCAGGUGCAGAGCGGGGACAAGCCUCAGUACCGGGGGACGCUGCACUGCUUCCAGUCCAUCAUCAGACAGGAGAGCGUGCUGGGCCUGUACAAGGGCCUGGGCUCGCCGCUCAUGGGGCUCACCUUCAUCAACGCGCUGGUGUUCGGGGUGCAGGGCAACACGCUGCGGGCGCUGGGCCGCGACUCCCCGCGGAACCAGUUCCUGGCGGGCGCGGCGGCGGGCGCCAUCCAGUGCGUCAUCUGCUGCCCCAUGGAGCUGGCCAAGACGCGGCUGCAGCUGCAGGCGGCGGGCGCGGCGCGCGAGUACCGGGGCGCGCUGCACUGCCUGGCGCAGAUCUACCGGCGCGAGGGCCUGCGCGGCGUGAACCGCGGCCUGCUGUCCACGCUGCUGCGCGAGACGCCCAGCUUCGGCGUCUACUUCCUGGCCUACGACGCGCUCACGCGGGGCCUGGGCUGCGAGCCGGGCGCGCGCCUGCUGGUGCCCAAGCUGCUGCUGGCGGGCGGCACGGCGGGCAUCCUGUCGUGGCUGUCCACCUACCCCGUGGACGUGGUCAAGUCGCGGCUGCAGGCGGACGGUGCGCGCCCGGCACCGGGCCUGCAGCCGCUUCUCAGGAUCUUCCAAAACCAGGGGCAGCUCCAGCCCAGCCCCUCGUGGACCCCAGCCCCAGCCGGAUAC